AUGCUCAUACUUGGCACAGGCGUCGGCUCCCAGCAUCAUUAUCAUUACCCGAACCUCGAGGGGACUGGUACCACGAACCUCGGCCGAGGUGUCUGUCCUCGCGGCAACGCAACCUCUGGCCUCCCUGGAGGCGGCAACACUGCCGGCCUGGUCGGGCUCAAAGUGGCCCCAGGCCCGCUGUCCGCUCAUCUGGCAGCGCAGGCUCAGCUGCGGCGCACCCAAGCGCAAAUCGCGGUGCACGCCAGAGACUCUGUGGCGGGCGCUCUGGUUGACCCGAUGCUGUUGUUCACGCCUCCCGGCUGCCUGGUGCCCGCGCUCGCCUACGACAACGAGACCCUCGGAGGCGAUGGACUGGCCCGAGGCCCUGACGUCAUUUCUCCCGCCGGCGCGUCGACCAGGCGCAGGGCCGACGAGCUGGCCAGACUGGCGGCUGCGGGUCUUUUUGAUCCGGGCGCCGCGACGAUGGGUCCUCUGGCGGCCGGCCAGGCGGGUCGCUCCGGCUCCGGCCUGAGCAGGCGGGUUAACUCGUUCGAGUCGCUGCAUCGGAUGUCCGAUAGACUCGCCAACGGACACUUGGAUGAACUACAGUUCAUGGGUGAGCGGCUGUUUCCUCUUCAUCUGCUCGUCUUCAUCCUCAUUUUCCCCAUAGACCUGCGCCCGGAAAUGCAUGCUCUCCAGCCUCUUUACGAAUGUGCACAUUUGCGCCCGCGUGUGUGGGUAGCUGGUGUGUCUGGAGACAGGUUCACGCACAGACAUGGCAAAGCCAGCUUCUGCGAUGCCAUCGAAAUAGGCCCAAACUUUGGCAACUUCGCUCGCCAGGCGAUUUUUUCCCUUUUUAGCAGGCUUCCGAGAUUACCAGCAAAUCAGAAAUAUGAGUUGUUUUUAGCCAAUUUCCUUCAAGGUCAUGAAAGACUGGUAGUUCACUAUUCCCACAAUGAUAUGAGUAGACCCUACGAUUCCAUUAAAAAUCAUACAGGCUUGCUUUCCCAAACGGGUGGACGGCAGUUUAGACCUCGCCCAGGGCUUAUAAAUACCCUCAGUGGGACUCGAACCAUGGCGGUGUAG